AUGUCGUCCUCCAUUAAUGAAGAUGGCCUUUCCGCCGUUAAUUCAAGUCAAUUUGACGACCUAUCUUCUCCUGAACAUGGCCGCCUUGAUGCUGAACUUGAGGCAUUAGACCAGAGUUCUGCUACCUCAAGAAAGCGCCCUUACAAGAAGAAGUGCACCGAGAUCUGGUCCUACUCUCGCAAGCCCAAAGGUGUGGAGAGGGGAAAGGACCAGUGGAAACACCAGAUCUGGUAUUGUGGCCAAAUAGUGGGACAUGGUAACAGAACCAGACCUUGUCCCUACUCUUCAACAAAUAUGAAGCGCAUUCGCGAGCAUCUAACCAAGAAUCGCCUCAUUACCCUCGGCAAUGAUGAUAGCGAGCCACUCGCAAAGCGUCAGGCUACACUUCUUCGAGGCUUCGACAUUCAGAAGACACACCCAUCUUCUCAGUUUACAACCGUGGAGAAGCAACUCCUUCGACGAGUACUCGACAAGGAGGGCAUUGCAGAGAAGCUCAUCCGCCUCCUCGCAAGCAAUAACCAAUCUCUACGUAGCGUAGAGUGGAAGGAGUUUAUCGAGUUCUCUAAUACACUCAACCCCUUUGCGAGUGAGAUCUUACCCGAUCGGAGGCAGGCUAAGGAGACGCUUGUUUCUAUCCAUCGAAAGUCUGUAUAUAUCUUACCCUAUUAG